UAAGAUUUCAUUAGUUCUUAGUUCUUUUUAAAGAUAUAUAUAUCAAAAAGAACCGCUUUUUGUUUAAUUCUUUGCCCGAAGAAGCUGAAAUAAAAUAAACUUUAAAUAAAUUAUUUGGAGAGGGCACUUUUAACUUCCUUCAGAAAUUUUAUAAAGGUUUUUACGAUGGCUCAUAAAAUUAUUGAUGAUGGAAUUAUUCAUCUACAACAACCGACAAAUGUGAUCCAAACGGAACAUACUCAAAUGGAACAUAACCAAACGGAACAUACACCAAAUGUUUCAUACAAUAAUAACCUAGACACUUUCCGCGACUUUUCAGAAACGAUGACAACUUAUACAACUAACGAAGAGUUUUCUUUUACGGAUAAUCAACUUGGCACUUCAACUCAAUAUUACCAACCUACGUUCACCACUUCAUAUUACGCGCCGCAGCAUAACUCUCCACUUGAUAAUAUUCAAUUCCAAAAUAAUUUCACUUCACUUAAUUCUCCUCAAAUGGAUAAUUCUGAGAUCUUUAAGCUUAACAUUCCCGGUUUCAAAAUUAUCGUUAUACCUAAUUCUGUAAAUUUGGCUAAUUUGGACUUACAAAAUCUUUUUCAACAAGACCCGAACUCAAAUGUUGUUAAUGUUACCGAAAACCCGCAAACCGACUUUCAAAAUACUUUUGAUUAUUUAAAUGAUUCAUUUGAUUUUAAUAAAUUUAGUGACUAA